AUGCACAUAGGGUGCACUCUCGAUGAACUCAGUCCCAGCGAGUUAGCCAAGAUAGCGGGCGAAGAUGAACGGGUCGAUGCAGAUCCUGCUCUGCGCAGUGCUCUCAUCGAUUGGGCAAACAACACUUAUAAGAUCGAUGCAGAUGGCGGCUACUACCACGGAUGCAGCCUCACCGAGACCCUCAUCUCUUGGAUCAACUCAUUCAUCUACGCUACAGGUAUACAUGAAGAUACAUGUACUUGCAUAGCACUCAAGUAUCACUUCAUCGACAGGAAGCCAGAAAUGCCUGGUUCAAACUGGGUAUUCACUUACGGGCAAUAUGAUGGGUUAAACUUCAAGGAGAUUGUGGAGCGAGAAAAGGUCGAAGAGAUUGAAAAAGGUCGCAAAAAGCCUCUACCAUACGAUGAAUGGACCAAGGGCCAAGGGAUAGGUACCAAGCAAAAUCCCAAAGACUUCGAUCCAAGAAAUCCCUACAAGGAAGACGGUACAAGGAUUUUUGACAGCCGCGGCAAAGACGAUGUAGCCGACGCGCUGGUGUAUAAUGAGCGUAUGAAGCUGAGAAAGCUUCUUCGAGAUCAUCCCAAUGCUCCUAACUAUCGCAUGCCAUGGUAUCAGAACUACUGCAGAGGCCAACACAUCCGAGACGUUGAUCUCGACGAGGUUCUGCGCAUCCAUUACAAGCUCGACAACAAGCGAGCCUGGGGUGAAGAAUACGACAAAGAUCUCUGGGCUGCAGUGAAAUGGCGCGUCAUUAAGCACCACCUCAUUCGAUGGAACUGGAGAGGACAUUGCGAGAGGGUAAACGGGAGAUGCGUCUGGAUUCCAGAAGAUCUAGGUCCAUACUUGUACCCGUCUACUGAGAUUGAAGUAUCAGACGAGCCCUAUAUACCCCGGUUCUAG